AUGUCAUUAGAUAUCAACUGGUCUUUACUCCUCUCCGAUCCUUCCCCACUCGACUUCUCAACCAUCCUCAUAAACCUACUCAACCGACAACUUUCUUCCCCUUCCUUAUCUCGACCAAGUUUCAUAGGUCCAAUUCAAAUCGUUGAUCUGAAAUUCGGUACAACUGGACCUUAUGUAGAAAUUCGAGAUAUAAGAGAUGUUUGUAGAGCUUUCGAAGAUGAUUCUUCACCUUUACUCUCACCCAUAAAUGGUCGAAUAAACCAUGAACGGAUACCUCCCCUGGACGUGAUGGAUCAUCAUGGUGAAGGUAUGAUUGGACAGAAAAAGAUUAUAUCUGGAUUAGAUGGAGAAGAAUCUCAUGACCAUCACCACCACCAACACCACCACACAUCCCCCACCACUUCCCCUCCUCCAUCUCCACCAACACAUCCAUUACCAUCCCCUCCUACCUCAUUACCAAGUCUACAACUACAUUUACAUCUUCAUCAUAAUUCCGACCUCGUCUUAACACUCCAAACUUCUCUUCAAGUCAAUUACCCUUCUUUGGGGUUCAUGUCUCUACCUUUAAAAUUAAGUAUAGUGGGUUUCACCUUAGAUGCGGAUGUAGUUUUGGCUUUUUCUUCGGAAAAAAAUAGAGUCCAUGUUUGUAUUGUUGAUGAAGAUAUCGAUAUCGUUGGGUUAAGUCAAAAAAUAUUACCUUCAUUAAUUAUAGAAAGUGAGAUAGGUGAUAAAGAUUCUCAUGUUUUGCGUAAUGUAGGUAAAGUUGAAAGGUUCAUAAGUGAUGUAGUGAGGAAAACUUUGGUGGAAGAAUUAGUUUGGCCGAAUUUUCAUUCUAUACAAUUAUGA